AUGGGCAGAAGAUGUUAUUUAUGUUGCCUGAAGUUCCCCGGCGGCGCCCGGCAGGACGGGGAGCGCCGCGGCUCCGGCUCGCAGGGACCCUACAGUGGCUGCCGCAGCAUGGGCUGGCUCAGGGGGAUUGCCUUGCUUUCCUUGGGAGUAUUACUAGCAGGAAGAGUGAACUGCCAGCACGUGAAGAAUAAUGUGCCAAGGCUCAAAUUAUCCUAUAAAGAAAUGUUGGAAUCCAACAAUAUUAUCAAUUUCAAUGGACUAGCUAAUAGCUCCAGUUACCAUACUUUCCUCUUGGAUGAAGAACGCAGUCGGCUGUAUGUUGGAGCAAAAGAUCACAUAUUUUCUUUCAACCUGGUUAACAUAAGGGAAUAUCAAAAGAUUGUUUGGCCUGUAUCUCAUUCCCGAAGGGAUGAGUGCAAGUGGGCUGGAAAAGAUAUUCUGAGAGAAUGUGCUAAUUUCAUCAAAGUGCUUAAGGCUUACAACCAAACCCACUUGUACGCUUGUGGAACAGGGGCUUUUCAUCCAGUCUGCACCUAUAUUGAAGUUGGAAGUCAUCCAGAGGACAACAUUUUUAGAAUGGAAGAUUCACAUUUUGAAAAUGGCCGAGGGAAAAGCCCUUAUGAUCCUAAACUGAUGACAGCUUCUCUUUUAGUAGAUGGAGAACUGUACUCUGGCACAGCAGCAGACUUCAUGGGCAGGGAUUUUGCCAUUUUCCGAACUUUGGGGCAUCACCAUCCAAUCAGAACAGAGCAGCAUGAUUCCCGGUGGCUAAAUGAUCCUAGAUUUGUUAGUGCUCACUUGAUACCAGAGAGCGACAAUCCAGAAGAUGACAAAAUCUAUUUCUUCUUCCGUGAAAAUGCAAUUGAUGGAGAGCACACUGGAAAAGCCACUCAUGCCAGAAUAGGGCAGAUCUGCAAGAAUGACUUUGGUGGACACAGGAGCCUUGUUAACAAAUGGACAACAUUCCUCAAAGCACGUCUGAUUUGUUCUGUGCCAGGACCCAAUGGUAUUGACACACACUUUGAUGAACUGCAGGAUGUGUUCCUAAUGAACUCAAAAGACCCUAAAAAUCCAGUUGUCUAUGGAGUGUUUACAACUUCCAGUAAUAUCUUCAAGGGAUCAGCAGUGUGUAUGUACAGCAUGACUGAUGUGAGGAGGGUAUUUCUUGGUCCCUAUGCCCACCGAGAUGGCCCAAACUACCAGUGGGUUCCCUACCAGGGGCGAGUGCCAUAUCCACGGCCAGGAACAUGUCCCAGUAAAACAUUUGGAGGCUUUGAUUCUACCAAGGACCUUCCUGAUGAAGUUAUAACAUUUGCAAGAAGUCAUCCAGCCAUGUACAACCCAGUAUUCCCCAUCAACCACCGUCCGAUCAUGAUCAAAACGGAUGUGGAUUACCAGUUCACACAGAUAGUAGUAGAUCGGGUAGAUGCAGAAGAUGGCCAAUACGAUGUGAUGUUCAUUGGCACAGAUAUCGGAACUGUUCUUAAAGUGGUUUCAAUUCCUAAGGAGACUUGGCAUGAAUUAGAGGAAGUCUUGCUGGAAGAAAUGACAGUCUUUCGGGAACCCACUGUUAUUUCAGCAAUGAAGAUUUCUACAAAACAGCAACAGCUCUACAUUGGCUCAGCCACUGGAGUUUCACAGCUUCCUUUGCACCGCUGUGAUGUGUAUGGAAAAGCAUGUGCUGAGUGUUGCCUUGCGAGAGACCCUUACUGUGCCUGGGAUGGUUCAUCUUGCUCACGUUACUUCCCCACUGCUAAGAGACGUACUAGACGACAAGACAUCCGAAAUGGAGACCCCCUUACCCACUGCUCAGAUCUGCAGCAUCAUGAUAACCCAACUGGUCAGACCUUGGAAGAAAAGAUUAUCUAUGGAGUAGAGAAUAGCAGUACUUUUCUUGAGUGCAGUCCAAAAUCUCAGCGUGCUUUAGUCUACUGGCAAUUCCAGAAGCAGAGUGAUGACCGCAAAGAAGAGAUAAAAGUAGAUGAUCGCAUGAUCCGGACAGAACAGGGCCUACUUCUGCGAAGCCUUCAACGGAGAGACUCUGGUACUUAUUUUUGUCAUGCUGUGGAACAUGGCUUCAUUCAAACUUUGCUCAAAGUGACCCUGGAAGUGAUCGAUACUGACCACCUGGAAGAGUUGCUCCAUAAAGAAGAAGAUGGUGAUGCCUCCAAGAUCAAGGAUGCUACCAAUAGCAUGACCCCCAGUCAAAAGAUCUGGUAUAGAGACUUCAUGCAGUUAAUCAAUCACCCCAAUCUCAACACGAUGGAUGAGUUCUGUGAGCAGGUUUGGAAAAGAGACCGCAAGCAACGCCGACAAAGGCCUGCCAAUUCACAGGUGAACACAAAUAAGUGGAAGCACCUACAAGAGAAUAAAAAAGGUAGGAACAGGAGGACCCAUGAAUUUGAGAGGGCACCACGGAGUGUCUGA